AUGUCAUUCAUCAACCCAGCCGCACCCGUGUCUCUCCUAGGUAGACAUCGCAUCCUCAGUCCCACUGCAGCCGUCCGGGUCUCGCCUCUUUGCCUCGGUGGCAUGAAUUUCGGUGAAGCAUGGAAAGCCACUCUCGGAGAAUGCAUCAAAGAAACGGCCUUUGCAAUGCUGGAUUACUUCUACGAGCAAGGCGGCAAUUUCAUCGACACGGCCGUCAACUACCAGUUCGGCGAGAGCGAAGAGUGGAUUGGUGAGUGGAUGGAGGAGCGAGGUGUUAGAGAUGAGAUGGUACUUGCGACCAAGUUCACCGGUAUGCAGAUCACAGAGAGAGAGAAGGAAGGCGGUGCGAGGUGCAAGAGUAACUAUGGGGGUAAUAGCGCGAAGAACAUGCAUACAAGUACUGAGCGUUCGCUGAAGGCGCUCAGGACUAGUUACGUCGAUAUCUACUACGUCCACUUGUGGGACUCAACAGCCUCCAUAUCAGAGCUGAUGAAUGCCCUCAACGACCUCGUCUCCUCCCGCCGAGUACUCUACCUAGGCAUCUCCGAUACCCCAGCCUGGAUCGUCGUAAAGGCGAACUGCUACGCCCGCCAGCACGGUCUCCGCCAAUUCUCAAUCUAUCAAGGCCGCUGGUCCGCCGCCGACCGUUCCUUCGAGCGCGAAAUUAUCCCAAUGGCACUAGACGAAGGCAUGGCCCUUGCACCAUGGGGCGCUAUUGGCGGAGGAAGCUUCAAGACGAGAGCGCAAAGAGAGAACCCAGAAGACGGCGGCAGGAAGAUGAAAAUGAUGGUCAUCGGCAACGAAGAGAAAGUCAGCAAUGUGCUCGAGGACAUUGCGAACACCAAGUCUCCGGUCCCGCCUAUCACUUCUGUCGCUCUCGCAUACGUUAUGCACAAGUCACCUUACGUCUUCCCUAUCGUCGGUGGUCGCAAGAUUUCGCAUCUAGAGGGUAACAUCCAGGCUCUUGGUUUGAGUCUUACACCAGAGGAGAUCCAACAAAUUGAUCAGGCAUAUGGCUUCGAAAUGGGGUUUCCGCAUCAGUUCCUGAAUCCAGAGAAUACGGCGAUUAUGGGACCGGAGGAUAAUCGAUUCGCGAAUAACAUGGGUGUUCUGGAUCAUGUCAAGGGGCUGAAGCCGAUUCCGCCGCAUCAGGGGGCGGUAGACGAGAAGUGA